ACUGCAGUGUUUGGUUGUGGUCGGAACAGAAGAAGCCAAGAAGGGGAUCAAGGAAACCUCUAGCAUCGUAGAUAAACACCCCCGAAGACGUGUGAACCCAGCGGUCACACAACUGUAACUGCACCAAAAAGAACCGUGAAAGGGUCCUUGACACAGCGAGGGUCAAGAUGUCUGAGACAUACGACUUCCUGUUCAAGUUCCUAGUGAUCGGCAGUGCCGGUGCGGGGAAAUCCUGCCUCCUCCACCAGUUCAUCGAGAACAAGUUCAAACAGGACUCCAACCACACCAUCGGCGUGGAGUUCGGUUCCAGGGUGGUGAAUGUCGGCGGGAAGACGGUCAAACUGCAGAUCUGGGACACUGCCGGACAGGAGCGAUUCCGUUCUGUGACACGCAGCUACUACAGAGGAGCAGCUGGAGCCCUCUUGGUGUAUGACAUCACCAGCCGUGAAACGUACAACGCGCUGACCAACUGGCUGACGGAUGCACGGACACUAGCGAGCCCCAACAUCGUCAUCAUCCUGUGCGGAAAUAAGAAAGACCUGGACGCGGAGAGAGAAGUGACGUUCCUGGAAGCCUCUCGGUUUGCUCAGGAGAACGAACUAAUGUUUCUGGAGACCAGCGCUCUGACAGGUGAAAACGUCGAGGAGGGAUUCUUGAAAUGCGCUCGCACCAUCCUCAACAAGAUAGAUUCAGGGGAGUUGGACCCUGAGAGGAUGGGCUCAGGAAUCCAAUAUGGAGACGCCUCACUGAGGCAGCUGCGGCAGCCAAGAGGCACGACGACGCAAAACAAGCAGCAGUGUAACUGCUAGGGGUCGGAUUCCGUCCUUACUUGAUCCCGCUGGCCCAUACGGAGAGACCGCCCCCUACAGCUCAUCUCCAGGUGUUUUUGGGUGUGUGCGACUGCUGUCUCAUACACUUUAGACCACCUGGAUCAAUGUUGGUGGGCCGGGGGGCAUUACUUUGAUGACCCCUGACCUCCAACCUCUGGUAAGCCUCCUUACCUGAGUGGUUCAGGUUUUUAUCCUGCAUCUGGACAGCUUAACCCCCCUCCCUCCCUCUCGGUGCGAAGUCGGUGCGAUCACAAAGAAGGCACUCCGUCAUCAAAUGCCAGAGGAGGACAAGUCAAGGGUCGUUUGUUUUGAGCUUCUCUCCUGUCGUUUUUACGUCUUCGCUUUCCCACACUGGUUUUAAGCCGCCCUAAGAUGUUUUCCUGCAUUUGCACUUCAUUGACUGUAAAUGAUUGUGAAGCUCCUUCGAGCGUUUUCAUCACUCGGCCUCCGGCCGAUUAGUUAAUCGAAGCAAAUCAUAACCGAUAGUGACUCUGUGAUAAACGGUCUAAAUGUGUACUCUCAACAGAUCUCAUCUUCCUCCAUAGUUUGGCUUAAAAAUGUCGUAUUCAGGUUUCUGUCGGACUGUGGUUUGUCAUCUUAUGAUGCUUCUCAUUUGAUCAGAAAAUUGAAGAGUAGAGGGGUUCCGGAGGAGCUCAGUCAGACCCAGAGUGUUCAAUCAUUGAGUGUUUCAGUGGAAAAUGCUUGGUUUUUGUAUUGCAAAUGCACCGUAAUGACGUAGAGCGAUGGCUUUUAGGUUAUGCUCCAUACUUUAAAUCCACAGUUUUGGUCAGAGGUUUGCAUCCUUUCAUACACAACAUUGAUCCUGUUCUUUCUUAUUUUUUUUACUUUAUUUUUUUUCUGCAGUGAUUAUACACCAUAGAGUUGCAAUGAGUUUUAGAAGCAAGAAUUGGGAGCACCAAUGUGAAUUGAUUGCGGCUUUUUUUUUUGUAGUCCACACACAGCGUCAAAAUUACAUAUAAACCCUCAAAUAAUAUUUGUAUACAUUUGUCUUUGGGUGAUGUAGAGAAACUACAAGUUUUGAAGCCAUAAAGACAAUAAUUCUGCCUGGACGUUUUUGCCAGUCUUCUCAAAUUUGUUUCGGGACGGCUCAGACUUUUUGAGCAAGAGUUUUCAGAUCUUCAGUAGGGUUCAGAUCAGAUCCAUCCCAGAUUCCAGAAGCUUGAUGUCGGCCCGCUUUAUCAGCUCCAGAACCAGUUUUUAUCUGUGUUUUGAAUCGCUGUCCUGUUUUAAAACACUCAAUUGUGUCCAAGUUUGAACCUACUGUUGAUCUGAGACGAAGCUGAAGAAUUUGUAGCUAGUCAGCCGUCUUCUUUUUCUGUACCCAUUUUAAGCAGCACCAGGAUAAACGGCAAUGAAACAGACAUCAGCAUAAUGCUGCCACCACCGUGCUCGACAGUCUGUUCUGUGUUCUUAGGCUUUUAAGCCUCACCGUGUCUCCUCUAAACAUGCUCCUCCUCCACAGUUAAAUCUUUGACUCUUCUCUCCUUGUGUUCACAUUUCCGUCGAGGUUAAAGGUCGUGACAGUGGAGCAAGUGUUUGUUUGUUUGACACCGGUGUCCCAGCAUCUCUCUGAGCUUUUCAAGUUCCUGGGUUAUCCUUGACCAGCCUAACCAAUUUCCUUUCAUUGAAGCUGAUAGUUUGGGUAAACCUAUUCAAAAUGUAUUUAAUAAGCUGGCCCAGUAUCCAAUCAGAAUUAUUGUAGAAGUUUCUUAAUGGCUAAAAAAAAAAGUGCGGUUCCUCUGCAACUCAAUAAAUAUAUGCACACUUGUAUUUACAAUUUUACAUCUUCACAGGUGUUGUUUCCGAAGCCAUUCAAGCUGUAUGUUCUAUAAUCAUUUUAUACUCCAAAGAACACUGAAAAUAACUAAUUUCAGCCCAAAUUAAAAGGCGACUAUUCAUUUAAACAUCUGACCUAAACUGUGUUUUACUCCAGCGUUUCACUCCCGUCCGCCUCAAAGUGCAACAAAGAGGAAAUUUGAUUUCCAAAGAUUCCAAACAUGUAAAUAUUGAGCCAUAUUAAAAAGUUAAGGCGGUAAGACCUCUGUGAUGUCUAGUUCUAAUUUACUGACAGAUUUGGAGUCGUUUGCCUUUCUAUUUAAAACCAGUGUUGUCCUCCUCUUCCUGGGCUUUUUUCUUCACGAGCUCCCAAUGAUCCACGCUAAUGCUGGAUCAGGAAUCUGACGGCGAGCGCAGCUUCCUGCUUGUUGGAAGCUUUCACGCUCCCUCAGACUCGUCAUCGAGCUUCGCGGUCAAUUAUUCAUGUGUGGUUGUGUGGGGAAGUGAUGAUUCAGAAAUCUGUUUGCAGCCUUAAAAGUAACUGCUUAAGCACACAAACUAUAAAGAAGUAUUAGGGUCAUUUGGAGAAAAAAAAAAGUUUUUUUUUUUUUUUUAUGUAUUUUUCUGAAUUCCCAUUUGAGAAUAAAGUUGAAAUGUCAAGAAUAAAGUCGAAGGGGUUGGUAGGAGUGUCAAAAUAUUGAAAAAGAAACAUUUUGGUAAGAUUAGAACAUUAGAGAGUUGGAAUGUAAACUUUCAAGAAAAUGUGACCUGUUGAGAAAAGAUGGAUUACCUUUUCAAAUUGUUGUGGGAAAAAGUCAGAAAACAUUUUCAGAAAGAAAGAGAAUGUCAAAGAAAAAUUGGAACUAUCAAAAAUUGAGGUGAAAUGUAGCGGGAGGGGGGGUAUAUUUUCAAAGAAUAAAUUGUAUAGAUGAGGAAAACGUUGAGACUGUAAUUGUUAAACCAAACAAAGACCCACAACAGUUGUAAAAAAAAAGAGCUGCUUUAAUACAACACAGCAGUUUGGGGUUUUGCCUGUUGUUCUUUCCACUCUGAAUUUUUCAAAUAUGAAAUAAGAUUUUGACACUCUGUGAAAAUUUCAAAUUUAUUCUUGAUACUAUGACUCGAUAUUUCAACUUAAAAAAAAAAAUCUAUUCUAGUUUGUUUUAGUGAGCAACUCAGGUUAUAAAUUACUUUGGUGGGGGGGAAAUGGAAGCAGAAUUUCCACUGAAAGUGUGUUUCCUCUGUCUUCGGACCACUGAGGCAGACAUUCUGGUGAUGCUGGGUGGGGAAUCGGGUUCCACCUCAGUACCUUUCCAACCCCCCCCCCCCGCCACCUUUCUGCUAAAGAGACAGGCACUGCUUGUGUGAAUCGCCCAUCCAAUGGUUGAUGAAAGCAGCCAGCUAAACGUUUGUCUUUACCCUGAAUUAUGAAGUUUUGUCCCUCCAGACUCACGGUGGAUAUUUUAACCCGAGUGAGUUGGCACACUGAAGGGGAAACUCUGGGGGGGAAGGGGGGCGACUUUCUGGGUUUUUAGGGUAUCAAGAGUGGUGAAAAUGUCUUGCUUUACAUUGUGUGAGUCUGUCAUAUCUGAAAGUGCACUUUUACUUUUACAAUUUUGUUUUCUGAAUAUGCUGUAACUAUAGAAAUGUAAAUGUUAUUUUACUUGAAAAAUAUACUUUAAUAAAGAUUUUAAUGUAGAUGUUAUCAGCUCUUAUUGAAUUACAACUGAGGUUCCUAAUUUUGGUCUCCUUGUCUGUCGUCACCCGUGCUGUAGUGGAGCGAAAUCAUCUUGCUCGCUUUGUGAGAAAGCAACUGACUCGUCCUGUUUUAUACACAUUGCUUUAAAUGUUUCAGUUCUGCUGACUCGCAGUUGAAGCGCAUUAAUAUGUGUGUACUUGUUUAAACAGCAGUCAGAAUAACACCACCGCAUCCAUCGUUUCUUCACUUGUCUGGACUUCAUCACUGGGGAAACACAAUCCUGACUCGGUUGUUUUGUAAAUGAUGUGAUAUAUUCAGCCCAAAUAUUACUGUACAUUUUAAUUAUAUCCUAUGUUGUAAAUACGAAUUGUCAAUUGUCUUAUUGAGGGUGAGUAUUGCUCAUUGUUUUAAUUAUGCAAUUCCCAGUAAACUGCUCGUUUUUCAUUUAAA